AUGACUCUCUCACACCACGUUAAUAGUGAACAGCUUGAAAAGGAGUACUUAAAGGGUUCAAGGAAAUCCAAAUUAAACAACCGUGAAGAGUACAUUUUCAAGUACUCUUCUCAGGAUACUGUUCCCAAGUACGAAAUUCCAGAAGAAUCGUCUGAUAGUCAUCAAGUUUACAAGUAUCUUCAGGAAGGGUUAUCCUUAGAUGGUACCCCAACUUUAAAUUUAGCCUCGUUCGUGAACACGGACAUUGAUGAAGUGGCAUUGAAGUUGGUUACUGAAAACUUGGUGAAAAAUUUGGCUGAUAACGACGAAUACCCUAGCUUACUUGAGUACCAGCAAAGAUGUAUCUCAAUUAUCUCAGACUUAUGGCAUGCUCCAAAAAUUGUUGACAAGGAAACUGGUGAAACCAAGGUUAACACUGUAGGUGCUGCUACUACUGGUUCGUCUGAAGCAAUCAUGUUGGGGGGAUUGGCAUUGAAGAAAUCAUGGCAAGAAAGAAGAAAGGCUGCAGGUAAGUCCACUUCCAAUCCAAACAUUAUCAUGGCAACAUGUGCUCAAGUUGCUUUGGAAAAGUUUGCCCGUUACUUUGACGUGGAAGACAGAUUGAUCAGUAUCACUGAAGAAUCUGGUCAUUUAAUUGAUGUUUCCAAGAUUAAAGAUCUGAUUGAUGAAAACACUAUUGGUAUUUUCGUGAUUUUGGGAUCCACCUUUACUGGUUCUUUUGAACCGGUUGAAGAAAUCGCCAAGUUGUUAGAUCAAGUUCAAAAGGAAACUGGUCACGAUGUUAAGAUUCACGUAGAUGGGGCCAGUGGUGGAUUUGUUGCACCAUUUGUUUUCCCUCACUUGAAGUGGGACUUUGCUAUCGAUAGAGUUGUCUCAAUAAAUACAUCAGGCCAUAAAUUUGGUUUAACUACAGCUGGAUUGGGCUGGGUCAUCUGGAAAGACAUAAAGUAUUUACCGGAAACUCUUAGAUUCAAAUUGGACUACUUGGGUGGUGUUGAGGAAACAUUUGGCUUGAAUUUUUCCAGAGCAGGAUUCCCAGUUAUUCACCAGUAUUACAACUUAUUAACGUACGGUAGAGAAGGAUAUGCUAAGCUCUUUGAUCAAUGUAUUCAGAAUGCUAGAUUGUUCUCUAACGUCUUGGAAGGUUCUAAAUAUUUCGAUGUUCUCUCAGUUAUCCAUAAGAAGGCUACCCCAGAGGAAAGAAAGAAACUUUAUACAAGAGAAGUUUCUGGUGAUCUUCCAGAUUACCAAACUGCCAAUGAGGAAUAUCAACCUGGAUUACCAGUGGUUGCUUUUAGAUUCUCGAAAUACAUUAGAGACAACUAUCCAGAAUUACCCCAGUCAAUUUUCUCAUUAUUAUUGAGAAAUAAGGGCUUCAUUGUCCCUAACUAUCACUUGCCACCUGAUGAAUAUGAGAAGGAAAUCUUAAGAGUAGUCGUUAGACCAUCCUUGAGCUUAAAUUUGUUAGACAAGUUGAUUGAAGAUACAAUUUCAUCCCUCGAGUUAUUGAUUGAAAGUUGUGAUUCUGUUCAUCAGGUAGUAACAGAUAAGCAUACUACCGAAGCUGAAGAUCAUGCUUCUAUCUACAACUUAUUGUUGACAAUUGCCAGUGGAGGUGUUGAAGAUCUCAAAAAGGCGCAACACGAAGCUUUAGACAAACCAGAGACUGGCCACAAUAAGAACAAGAAAUCCUACAGAGGUGCUUGUUAG